CCGGCGCCGCGGGGAAGGGCGGGCUGUCUGCGGGGCCGCUCCAUCGUGCGCCAUGGGCUGCGGGCCGUGGGCGCUGCUGGCGCUGCUGUGCGGGGCGGCGGCGGCGUUGGUGCCCCCGCUGCGCUGUAACGUGAGCCUGGACAGCCCCCCCGAGCAGCGCUGGCUGCCCGUGCUGCGGCACUUCGAGCCCGCCUUCCUGCGCGCCGCCGUGCAGCGGGUCAUCGACGAGAGCGUGCCCAAAUGGGUGCACCAAGUCAUCCAGCCCAUAGCAGCCCAGCUGGAGCCCUUCAUGCCGCAGCCCUUCGCGGGGGAGAUCGCGGGCAUGUGCAAAGCRCUGGGAAUAAGUCUGGGAGAUGGAAUCCUGCUCAACUUCGCCUACGAAUCCACUGCGUUCUGUACAAGCAUUGUGGCUCAGGAUGACARAGGAAACAUUUACCACGGUCGAAACCUGGAUUAUGCUUUUGUGGAUCUAUUGCGCAAGAUCACCAUUGAUGUGCAGUUUCUAAAGGRUGGGCAGGUAGCGUACCAAGGCACCACCUUUCUUGGUUAUGUUGGCUUAUGGACUGGGCAAAGCCCUCACAAAUUCACCAUCUCUGGGGAUGAACGAGAUGGUGGUAGAUGGUGGGAAAAUGCCAUAGCUGCUUUCCUCAAUAGAAAUUAUCCUGUCAGCUGGCUUGUCCGAGAUACCCUGAGUGAAGCCCAGGACUUCCAGUCAGCUGUUCUCAGACUGGCUGACAUUCCCAUCAUUGCUGAAGUUUACUACAUUGUAGGAGGUGUCUCACCCAAAGAAGGCAUGGUCAUAACGAGGAAUAGAAGGGGGCCAGCAGAUCUCUGGCCUCUCGAUCCCUUAGGUGGAGCGUGGUUUCGUGUGGAGACAAACUAUGAUCAUUGGACUACCCCUCCUCCUUUUGAUGAUCGCAGAACUGCAGCCAUUAAAGCUCUCAAUGCUACAGGACAGCACAACAUCAAUUUUGAUACACUCUUUAAGGUGUUGUCAGUGAAGCCAGUCUUAAACAAUGACACGGUGUACACCACAGUCAUGAGCGCUGCGUUUCCAGAUCAGUACCAGACGUGGAUGAGAAAUGAGGAGUGAAGAGUGGAAAGCAGCAGAGAUGUGAGUGACAUGGUACUUAACCAACCAUUUCAGCUGCAGAGUCACUGAGGGACAAAGCAUUGCAGUGGCACUCCAGUGACUUACUCGGAAUUCCUGAUUCUGCUUGUUUAUUGUCCUUGRAUAAACACUUCUCCUUGUUGUUUUAGAGGUAGUUAAAUAUUGACUGUUCCAGUGAAACUCUUGGACAUAAUCUUAGGAAGAGUUUUGCUCAGAGAGGAAGGGAUAGGUGUUCCAGUCUAAAGGUGGAGGUUCSCUCUGGCAAUGUGUUGGUUCUUUUUACCACUCCCCACUACUGSACUUGUUUGUCUCUAGGUGGAUGAUGGAAAGCCCUGCCACAGGGAACUGAAUCCUAGCAGGAGGGGAUGGUGCACUUAACACCAAGAAAAAUCAAGCUUUGUUUGCAACAGCAGCUCACUGGUGACUGAAUGUGAGCAGCAUCCUUGGGGGGCUUUGUCCAGUGAAUGCGCAGAAUAAAUCCAAGUUCCUGAGCUCACAAGGGGCUUCAUGGGACAGCUUCAGAGACAUA